CGAGGAGCAGUGUUCAGUGUUCAGUGUGUUGUGAACCGGUGAGAAGAUGACACGGAUACUCACAUCGCUGGCCUCAGUUGAGAUCUUCCUCAUCUUGUCAGUGGGCACUUGCUGCAGCCAAUGCCCAGAUGUGAAGAUUGACAAGCUAGCUCACCAAAAGCUGCUGCAGAGCCAGCUGCAGUUUUCUGCAGAUCUGCUGCAGAACAUAGGAGAACUGGACGGUGCAGAAAAUGUGUUUUUCUCCCCCUCCAGUGUCUACAACGCAUUGUUGUUGGCUUACUUUGCAUCAGCCAACCAAACACAGGAUUCUCUCAGAGAGAUUCUUCGCUUUCCUGAGGAAAUAGAUAAUGCAAACUUACUCGGUGCGUAUAUGUGGGGAAACAAAAAACAGAAGGAUCGUGCUGUGAGUGGCUCCGGCAAGUUCAUGCUCGGAAGUGUCAACAGAAUGUACGUCAGUGAUAAGGAAACACUCCGCCCUUGUGUUCAGAAGGACUUUAAAAAUGAAAUCGUCAUGGCGGACUUCACAAAUAAUGUCUCAUCCACCGUAUCCACUAUCAACACAUUCGUCUCGGACAACACAAAUAAUGAAAUUAAAGAGUUACUUUCACCAGAUUCACUGAAUCAGAACACAAAUUUAGUACUGUUGAAUGCUGCUUAUUUCCGAGGUCUGUGGACGAAUCCAUUCUCCCCGGACGACACCAGACCGUCCAUGUUUAAACUUUCCAACGGAUCAUCUGUGCCAAUUACAAUGAUGUCUCAAGAAAACAUGUUUAAUCAUUUGGUGGAUGAAAACCUCGGUGUAGAAGUAUUGGAGCUUCCAUACCAAGAUGCUGACAUCAGCAUGUUUAUUCUUCUGCCGCUAAAGCCUUCACCCUCGGCCAUCUCUGAUCUGCUCAACAAAACCACUGACGAAACUCUGUUAAAUAUCUUCAAAAGUGAUAACGAGACGAAUCAUGUGACCGUGACCAUUCCAAAGUUCAUGGCUGAUAAGACUCUAGAAAUGACUCCGAUUCUGGAGUUGAUGGGAGUAGGAGAUCUAUUUCAGCCAACAGCUGACUUGAGCGGACUGACUGAGGAAAACGUGCUGAAACUAGACAAAGCCAUCCAUAAGGCUAAAAUUGUUGUGGAUGAGGUUGGUACAACUGCUGCUGCCGCUACAGCCAUUUUUGCCAACCGCUUCGCCGCAGACACCUUCUUUGCCAAUCAUCCGUUUGUCUACUUGAUUUACGAUAAGAAAGCAAAUAUCUUACUGUUUGCGGGAAUUUUCAACUCUCCAGAAACUGUACUGAAACUUUAUCAAAUGACUUGGUUUCCAUCCGAUCCCUUCUUCGUAGAUGUACGAACAGUAGAACUUGCCGUGACUGAAGUCGGCCGACUUACUGGAGAAAAAAUAGCAACACUCUGGAGACAGUCAGCAGACAAUGUUUCCGCAGACAAAUCGCCAUGUGUGGACGAGGCUUUACGAACAGAGGAAACAAGCUUAUGGGACAACCAUGCGCUUUCAGCGGGCAGAAGUUUACCUGUGACCAUCAGCAAACAAGAGCCUGAACGGCGAGCACUUAUAUUCAACCUUACGACAUUCGUCUCAGAAAACUAUCACACAACCAACAACCAUGGUAACCAGGCAGUGAAGAGCGGGGAAUAUUUCCGGGACACAUUCGGGUUUCAACCUUUCAGCAACUUUCUUCUUGAGGGUGGAAAUGAGUUGGCCAAGGUCGAGUUCAUGUCGUUGACUUACAGUACAAAGAGCAGUGGUCCAAGGAUCGAUCCUUGGGGCACACCGCAUGUAGAUUCCCAGUUCUCCAUCUCAGGCAUCACAAGUGAUGACACUCGGUUCCACUACGUCGUUUCUCAGCUUGAAACAUGUUACGCAGUGGAAGUAGAGGACAUCAUCACAAAUCCACCUGCAACAAAUCGUUACGCGGUACUUCGUUCGAAGCUUAUUGAAAGACUGUCAACUAGUGAAGAAGAAUGUGUUCGCCAGUUGAUCAGCGACGAAGAUAUCGGAGAUCGCAAGCCAUCGCAGUUCUUACGCCACCUACGUACUCUGAUCGGUCCAGCCCAACUACAGGACAACAUCCUUCGAGCACUCUGGCUUCGUCGUCUCCCUAUUAACAUUCAAGCGAUUAUCACAGCUCAAAAUGAACUUCCGCUUGACAAACUUGCAGAUAUAGCCGAUAAAGUCAUUGAAGUUUCUACAAGAACGCCACAAGUACGGCCAGUAACAGCGGCGGCUGACUGUCAAGCAUCCAGCCGCAGAAUUUUUGUUUCGGAUCAAAAGUCGAAUCUCCGGUUCUUGAUUGACACCGGCUCUGAUGUAUCAUGUUAUCCAAAACGUCUUCUACGAGACCGUCGCACAUCUACAGACUUUGAACUAAGUGCCGCCAACGGUAGUACUAUCAAGACUUACGGAACCUGUUCUAUGACAUUGGACCUAGGCCUUCGCCUUAGUUUUGCAUGGCAGUUCACAGUUGCAGACGUCAGUGUUCCAAUCAUUGGCUCGGACUUCCUCAGUUACUACCAUUUGCUUCCUGAUUGUCGUUUGUUGCGACUUCACGAUGCCAAAACUGGACUUAUUACGGGAGGACAACUUUCCGUUACGACUCAAAGUAGCGUAAAAUCCGUAGUCACUACUUCUCCCCUCUCUAAAAUCUUACAUGAAUUCCCUGAAAUUACUCGCCCUCCAGGAUUGCCACGAGAAGUGAAGCACCAGACAGUACAUCACAUACACACGACUCCAGGACCUCCUGUAUUCUGCCGACCACGACGACUGGCCCCUGAAAAGCUCAGCAUUGCAAAGAGUGAAUUUUCUGACAUGGUAAAAUGUGGUACAGCAUGUCCAUCAGACAGUCCGUGGGCUUCACCCCUGCAUCUGGCGCCGAAAGGAGAAAAUGGGUGGAGACCGUGUGGAGACUACCGUGCAUUGAAUGCACGCACCUCUCCUGACAGGUAUCCUAUGUUGCCGAUAUUAUUAGUGCUGCUAGCAGCAGUCAGUCCAGGCAUAGGUCAGUGGUCAAAUGUUGGACAAUGUCUAACCAAUCACGGACCUCCGGCUCAGUCAGACUCUGGUGCUCGUGAUGACCAGUUACGCAGCAGGCUCGAGUUCUCAAUCGCUUUGUUCAAACAGAUAGCGAAAGGAGCGCCGUCAGAGAAUGUGUUCUUUUCACCGCUGAGCAUCUACAACACAAUGUUGCUAGCGUACUUCGUUUCUGGGGGUCACACAGAGAUGAGCCUGCGAAAGUUUCUCUCUCUUCCACCAAACCAGGACAAGACAGAUAUGUACAAAGCUUACUCAGUGCACAAGCAAAAUUUGUUCAUUGGAAGGUACAAGUCGCAGGUUCACAGUGCAAAUCGGUUCUUCAUCUCUGUCCAACAAACGGUCAAAGAUUGUAUGGAUGUCAUAUUUAGAGAUGAGAUUGAAACAGUGGAUUUCUUCAAUGGAUUGGAGAAGGCAUUGAAAAGUAUCAAUGACUGGGUAGCCAGUCACACAAAUAACAAGAUCCAAAACCUACUUUCAAAGGGUGACGUGAGUCCGGAUUCUCAGAUGGUCUUGGCAAAUGUUGCAUAUUUCAAAGGCACAUGGAAAAACCUAUUUGAUCCCAUGGAUACAAAAAUGAGGCCGUUUCAAGUGAACAAAAGUAAAACGGUACAAGUUCCUAUGAUGUUUCAAAUCAACUUUUUCAACCAUUGGAGGUCAGAUCGUUUGGGUGCUGAGAUGUUGGAACUGCAAUUUCUGGGGCAAAGUCAGAACCAAAGUGACAUCAGCCUCAUACUGAUGUUGCCUGAUGAGUCCAACAAACCCAACCCAGCCACAGACCUGGUCAUGAGACUAGACUCUGCUGCCCUCCUGGACAUUGUGAAGCAAUCCAGCGACCCCAGGAACGAGAACAAGGUGGAAGUCAAACUACCAAGGUUCUCGCUGGAGAGUUUCCUUGAGCUGACACCGAUCCUAGAAGGAAUGGGAGUAGGUGACCUGUUCAAGCCAUCGGCCAACCUGACUGGUCUGACAGGAGGUCCCAGUAUCUCCUUCAGUAGAGCAAUACACAAGGCAAAGGUGAAAGUGGACGAGUAUGGAACUGAGGCUGCCGCGGUGACUGUGGUGUUGGAUGACAGGAUCUCUGGGGACAGCUUCUCGUGUGAUAGACCCUUUGUGUACCUGCUGUACGACAAGAAGGUGGAGACACUUCUCUUUGCUGGGGUCUACAACUACCCACAAUAAAAUGAGUUAAUUUCUUGACUUUUAGGACAAGUAGACAUUCCGUUCCAUAUUUUUAAAGCUAUAUUAAGGCUGUAGCUAAGUUUUAAAAUAAAAAUCAUCAUACCGGUAGUUCAGUGGAAUUGAGCCGCAGACAAAGUGCGCCGAUGUCAAGUAGGCUACUGAUAUCUGUUUAGUAGGACUAUUGAAUUUUAAAAGUAGCACGUUCUGUGAAGGGUAGAGUGCAGGACUUUGGUCCCUGAGGUCCCGGGUUCAAAUCCCACUAAUCACCAAUGGAUGUUAUCUAAAGAUUUAUGCCGCAACCCCUAAGUCUAUCUUGACAUAAUGUGAAAACAAUCCCAGGCUCGUGCCUGGCAUCCUAGGACAAAAAAAAAAACAAAAACACUGAACCAUGUUAAUUUUGAAAAUGUGCUACAGCUUUGUAUAGAUGGGGUGUCUACUUCAAUUUAGUAUUGAAAAAUCAACCAUCAAUCACAAGGUUUCGUUGAGAUUAGAUUGAAAAUAUUAAAAUUCUAAUAAUUUACUGUGUGUACUAAAGUAGAAGCUUGUCACUAUUAGCAUUGACAAUGACAGAAUCAAUGUUCAAUCAAUACUAAUAACUUUAUCGUAAUGUAAACAAAGAGAACUAUGACAAAAAUUCAAAAGAUUAACCAUAGAUACACUAACCAACACAUGUACACUCCUCAUCCCAUUUUACAUUUUGAAUCUUGGUUUUUGUGUCUAGUUCAAGUUGGUGACACUGAUUGCUAUUCAAUGAAAUUUGGUUUCUAUUAUUUUAGGGUUAAUUUCAUAGUUUGUGCUUUACUGUUUGGUUACAUAACUAGAGGACAAGUUAUUGCUUAUGGUUAGAUAGUUUUAUUUAGUUAAACGAGGUUUUUUUUUUAAACGACUGGAAUAACAAGAAACAAAUUGAAAACAAAAUACAGCCCCUUCAGUGCACUGGACAGAACUAACGAUAAAAUUGUCUGCCGUUUCUGUAAGGAUGGGAAUCUUCUAAGUGUACUGAAGGAAAAGUAAAAAAACAAUUAUAAAUAAAAACAAAUGUAAAAGCAGCAAAUAUUCAAUGUUUUAAAAUAUGAUGAAAUACAACCCUUUUAUUAAAUUUUGGCCCGUGCCCUUAGGAAAAAAAAAACUAAGUAUGCAGUUGAUAAGUGUGCGGCUUAAAGCUUUCUCAAAAUAUGUGUGUUUCUUAUCAACGUAAUAAAAUGCCAGCUAGUACUCAAAGAUGUAGAUAGUGUUUUGUUAACUACUGACCUUUGCUUUAUAUGAAACUAUGUAUUUACAGUAUUUGAUUAAUUACGUGGUAAUUUAGUACUGGUAGUUAUCAGAUUUAUAUUGGUAACUGGUAGAAAGAAAUGUUGACGAAAUUAAACUCUUAAACGUAGACAGCUCAGCAGAAUACAGUAGAUAGAAUGUCUACUUUAGUACACAUGAAUGGUUCUAUCCGCAUUACAGAGAUAUUUAGUUUUAAUAAUACAAUAUGUUUUCGACAUGUCAAAAGGACAAACUUUUCAUGGAUAUUAAAAUAAUUUUACAUACAAACCA